GGCAGCGCACGGACAGCGCCACAAUCCCAGCACACGGAUCCUGCCACAGGCCUCGCCUGUCCCCCUACGCAGGAUCCCCCGCUUGGCGCCCCUGGAGGAGGAGGAGGAGGAGGAGGAGGAGGAGGAGGAGGAGGAGGAGGAGGGGGGGAGGGACUGCGAGAGGCCGGCGGAAGAGCAGCACGAGGCCCCUGCUCGCGCCCGCGCGGCCGCCGCCCCCGCCUCUUGGGCGUGCGCGGCGGAGGCCGCGGGCGCCUCAGCGCUGGGCGGUGGCCUUGUAGUCGGCCAUGAAGCGGAGCACGAAGGCCUCGAUGUGGAAGAUCUGUCCUUCGUCCCCUGGUUCAUGGUGGACUCGAAAUGGGCCGCCGCUGCCAGCGUGGACUGCUUCAGGCUCUCAACCCGCUGCUCCGCCACGAGCUUCUUGCAGAGCUCCU